AUGUCCAGUGGCUUCAGAUGACAAUCCUUGAGCCAUGGCGGAAUCACCGUCCCGCCACACUCCACAGCUACAACGCAGGCCGGGAGAACGCGUGGCAGGCCACCUCUUGCGGGUGCGUGGCGAGUUCAUCAAAUUCCGUGAGUGGAAACAGCAACUGAGCCUCAAGGGCAGGCCUGGAGGGACCUCGACCUUCCAAUGGGAUCCCCUGGAGGACUCUGACGCGGAGACGGGGCCUGCGCCGCCGUCCGGCAGCACGGCGGCGGCCCCGAAGGCCGCGUGGACGACGCCGGCGGCGAGCCCGGCGCGGCCGCGGGCGACGAAGCUGGAGACGGCGACGAAGCUGGAGGCACCAAGUCUUGAUUCCUUGGUGAGCAGUGAACUGGUGAUGCAGUGCAACUACGCCUUUGAACAGCUUCAUCGAAAAGCCAUUGCAGAUAUCGAGGAGGGCAUCCAGCUGUACUUCGAGCCUCCCGGCAGCACUUUUCCCACUGCAGCGCAGCAGAGCGCCAUGCGCGCCUGGAGGGCGCUACGCUUGAAGCAUCAGCGAGUGCCCAAGAUGCAAUCGCCAUGGGAACCCAAAGCGGUGGAGCGACAGGUGCGUCACUUGCGCCGCGCCUACUCCUGCAGCAGCGCGCAGCUGCCUGGCGCAGCCACGGCGGCACAACGAGGCGAGUUGUAUCACCGCGAGGAUCCCUCGCAACUUCCAAAGGAAUCCACGCUUCCUGGCAUGGCCGUACUGCGCCGCCUGGGCCUAGACCAGCGCUUGGGUGCUCGCGGGAGUGGCCAUGCUGAGCGCGGGGCGGAUAGGAAAGUGGUCGAGGGAUGGCUAAGGCAGCUGGCUGAGGACUAUCCCGAGGAUUUCUGCAACUUGUCUACAGGAAACGACCUGCUGAAAGAUGUCGCCGCAUUGGUGGCGCAAGAAGAUUGCAACCCUGAGAAUGCGCAGAUCUGCUCAGACUUCUGGGUACUGCGACUCCAUGGGAAUCCCAUGAAAGUGGAAGAUUGGCAGCGACGACGGGCCUGGCUCAGCCGUUCAGGCCAUCUUUGGCUGGGACCAGCUGCGGGUGAAGGAGGGGCGUCCCUGCAGCUCAGUGGAGAUUUGGUCUCCAACUGGUGGGUCAUGAGGGCUCGCCGGGAUUUCGUCGAGACCUUGGACGAGAGCCGCGUCUAUGCCUUUAGCAUCAGCUCACCUGUGGCCAAGUACCAGCGACGGAAACUGUUUGCAUCGUCCAAUGAAGAGUUGGUGGAAGAAUGGCCUGGAAACUCAGAAGAUGAGAUGAUGGAGCUAACUUCCUUGGGCAAAGAAGAGAUGGGCUCGUGGAAAAACCAUCCUCAGGGACUUUGCUCAAAUUCCUUCGCAGCUCCAAAACGCUCCAGAAUUUUCAGCGAUUCUGCAGGUGUUGCCCGCUGCGCGACCAUGGCCCAGGACCGUAAGGUGUUCGUGGGUGGCGUGCCUCAAGAUCUUAACCAAGACGACUUGUACGCCAUCUUCAGUGAACACGCCGGAGUCAAGAAAGCAUGGCUUCAGAAGUGUCGCACCACAGAUGAGAGCGGCGGCAACGCAGCACAGCAGAAUCAUCGUGGCUUUGGAUUCGUGAUUUUUCAUGAUGCGCUGGCCAUCGACGAGUUGCUUGGGAGCGCGCCAUCGCGAUUCAUCGUCUUGUGCAAUGGCACCAAGCUCGAAGUCAAGCGGGCCCUCAGCAGCAACAAGAUGAGCUCGCCGCAGGCCACGGAUGUUUUCCAGCUGGCUUCACGCCAUGGAUGUCAUGGGAGGAUUGGAGACCUCUGGAGAAUCCACCAAGUCUUGGAUGCGUUGACGGUACAGAUCCUGUUUCUUGGCCUCACAGUUUCGCCGGGAGGAGGAAGGCCCCGAGCGUUACCGCCUGGUGGGUUUAGGGUGACGUCCGGUGGACGUCCGGGUGUGCAGGCAGAUUGGGCGGCCAGUCGAUUCGCUCAAGGGGACUUGCUGAGGCAAUUGUCUUUGAUGGGCAAUGGCUAUUUGCCUCAGGCUGCCAGCGCUCCGGGCCUUGCACCUCCCUUGCCGCCAUAUGCCGCGGCCGUUGCGCCGCCCAUGAUGCGUGCACCUGGGGCUAGCCCGGGUCCGGCAGCCGCCGGACUGGCGGCGGAGGGGCGAAAUGUACCUUUGCGGAAUGCCAUCAUGCAGUUUUACCAUGAGCACCGCCCCGAGAAGCUUACGGAGCGAGACUUCAUUGACUUCAUUUGCAGUGUCUAUGAAGGACGUGAAGCAGAAUUGGACGAGGCGGUAGCAAAGCUGGUCGGGGAACUUUCCUACUCGGCCUGGCCGUCCACUCCGCCCAUGGCCGGCAUUGAUACCACGAGGUCCGGCAGUGCCCACUGGGAUCUGGACUGCGAGGAGGAGGAGGAGGACGAGGAGGAGGAGGAUGCGGAGGCGGAGGAGGAGGAGCUCCAGCAACUCCACCAAAUUCAGUUUGAGCUGAUGAACGGGAAGGGCUUGACCCAAGCUCCCGCUGCUGCGCCAUGGUUUGGUGGCCCAAGAGACCCCAUUGGAUCUCCUGAGUCAGAACGAUCACUGCCGGACUACACCGCAAGCACCUCUUGUGGUACAGGCGGCGGAACGAUCGAAUCCAAAGAGAUGCGGAUUUUCUUCGCAUCAAUGGGGAGGUAG